AUGUUGUCACCUCUCGGGCAGUCAGUCGCUAGGCUGCACUCAGGCGCCAGGUUUGCGGUACUUCGACCGGUCGUCAUCGCACUCUCGUCGUCAUGGCCUCGAGUCGUGGCCGAGUCGGGUCAUCUCGCCUGGGCCCAACGCCGCUCAGCUUCUUUCACUUCUCUCCCACAAUCCGUUUGCUCCCUUUGUCCCUCUCACACUCGCACUUCACUCUCUAAUCUCCACUCCCCCCUCUUUCGCUUUCCUUGCCUUGCCUCGGACACCCCCUCGUCCGGCCCGUUGUUCUGCCCUGAGACCGACCCCCCUCUCCACCCCCGCUGCCGCCCCAUACCCCCCUUGCCAACCAGCGGCUCUGAUGGCAACGUGGAGGCCAUCGCGAAGACCAUUGCUCGUCGGCCCCCUUCCGCCAGGCAGGCCGACAGGCGAACAAGCUAUUUCAGGCGGCUCGAAGCUGGUACAGCAAGCCUCGUAAUGAUCCUUCAAUAA